AUGUCGGGGCCGAUCGACUGGCACUCUAACCCUCGUCCCUCCCGCCCUGCGUGGGCUGUCUCCCUCUCCGCUCGCGGCGAUGCUCAUCGCGCCCAGGCCGAGAGCCGCUCUCGCUCUCUCUCCAAGGUUGUCGCGUGGCUCGCCACCGACCCUCCCCUCCCUGGCCGCUACGGCGCUAUCGCUCCCCCUCGCCCUACCUCGGAGAACCCUCCCGUUGCCACCCAAGACCUUGCCACCCGCGAGCCCAACACGCGCUACAUCUACCGCUCCUCUGUCAUCACGCCCUAUGCCCCCAACCCCCUCUACCCCGACACGCCCUUUGCGCCCGGCGAGAGGGACCGCGUCAAUGGCCAGCACCAGCGCUGGGUCGGCGCCGACACCAAGCUGAACGGCAAGACUGUGUGGCCGUACAACAACCUCGACCUGAUGCCCUUUGGCGGCGGCGGCGGGUCGCCCCCCCCCACUCCUUCGCCUGAGCCUCAGACGCCCAACGGUUCGCCCAACCCCCGCUCUGCCGGGCCCAAGACCUUCAGCGCCUCGUCUGGCUCUAACAACGCCUCGUUCGGCCCCUCGGACUCGUCUCGUCCCGGUUCCUUGUCCCAGCGUGGCCCUUCCGACUUCUCUUCCGGCCCUUCGGACUCCCUUUCCCCCCGCCCCGAUUCGGGCAAGGGCAAGGGCAAGGCGCACGACACUGCGUGUCCGAAGCUGCCACUCAACCCUACUUCCAAGAUCAUGCAGCUCCGCCCCCUGCACGUGCACUUCACCUCUCCCAUGCGCUUCCAGCCCAUCCCCACUCCCCACCCGGACGCGUACUGGGUCGGCACUGUUGCCUCUACCGGCGUCAUGGUCUGUCCUAACGAGCACUUGACCGAGACUGCGUGGCGCUCCCUCGGGCGCCUCGAGUCCGCGCACCGUAUGUACUAUGCCGUCCAGAACUCCUUCCCCGCGCCCGGCGACUCUCCCUGCUGCUUCCCCGGUACUCAAGCCUACCGCGCCCGCGCCAACUCUACCACUUCCUCUAGCUCCAACGGCAGCGGCUCCGCGCUCGGCACUCGCGCCGCGAUCACGACGCACGCGCGCGAGUUCAACGCCAACACCCUCUUCCCGGCGACGAUGCAGCACCGCCUCCUCCGCGACGACUAUGGGCUGCUCUACCUCCUCUCGCACUGGGACGUUGCGAUUCUCGAGCAGUGGAUCGUCGAGAAUGCGCGCAAGUGUGGGCUCAAGCGCUGGGCCAAGCGCCAGAACCGCCGUCUCCGCCACGGCCACUGGUGGCACUGGAACCUCCGUGCCCGCUCGCCGAGCACUGGCUCCGAGUCGUCCACUGGCUCCGCUAGCUCCGCCCCAUCCGUCGGCAGCCCCUUCGGCGCCAUUGGCGACCGCCCCGCUCAGUCUGUCGGGUGCCCCUUCGGGGCCAUCGGGGAACGUCCCCCCCAGACUGUGGUCGCCACCGCGACCCGCACCAUGACCAACACCGCUGGCGGUGACGGCGUGGCGGGUCCCAGCACUGCGACCAACGCGGCGGGCGGCAACGGCGUCGCGGGUCCCAGCACCCAGCGCCUGCCCCCCGCCCCGCCACUGCCGAGGCGGCGGAGCCCACUCAGCCUGCCCAGCGCCCCGCCCCGCGCUUCGCCACCACCCCCAUCGGUGGCAUUACCUUCCGCACCAUCAACGGCCGCCAGAGCUGGAGCGGCUACCACUCGGCGCCCUAAGCGCCUACACAUCCCAAGAUCCACCACCACCACUCUCCGUCACUCCCAUCUCGCCAUAGAAUCAGUCGCCAUCUCGACUCCAUAUACCUCAACCAGAAAACACACAAAAAAAAAAAAAAAAAAAAAUCCGCGCUGUGCUAGACUCGCUCCGCCUCGCCUCGUCUCCGUUUGCUUCUUGUACAUUAUGACGAUUCGGAUAGUGAUAUGUAGGAUAGACAUUUACUGA